AUGGCAGCCACGGCUCUGCGCAGCGCGCGGCGUCUGAAUGCCCUCGGUGGCAACCAACUUCUCGUGCGACGGCUCACCACCGCUGUCGCCGCCACGAGUCGCCGAGAGGCCAUCAGACAAGCCAAGCCAUUUUCCGAUUUCCUGACCGAUAACUUUGAUCGCCAGCAUGACUACUUGCGCAUCAGCGUCACGGAGCGCUGCAACUUGCGCUGCCUCUACUGCAUGCCCGAAGAAGGAGUGCCUCUGUCGCCGCCCGACCACCUUCUCUCGACGCCAGAAAUAGUCUACCUCUCAUCCCUCUUCGUCUCCGAAGGCGUCAGCAAAAUCCGAUUGACGGGUGGCGAACCCACCGUGCGCCGCGACAUCGUCCCGCUCAUGCAAUCGAUCGGCUCUCUGCGCUCGCAAGGACUCCGCGAAUUGGCGCUGACCACGAAUGGCAUAUCACUUUGGCGGAAACUGGACAGCAUGGUCGAGGCCGGGUUGACGGGCGUAAACCUGAGUCUGGAUACGCUGGACCCAUUCCAGUUCCAGAUCAUGACGCGGCGCAAAGGAUUCGACGCAGUGAUGAAGAGCAUUGACCGGAUACUGGAGAUGAACAAACUAGGCGCGGGGGUCAAGCUCAAGAUCAAUUGCGUCGUGAUGCGCGGCUUGAACGACCGGGAGAUUCUGCCGUUUGUGGAACUCGGGCGGGAAAAAGACAUCGAGGUCCGCUUCAUCGAGUACAUGCCGUUCGACGGCAACAAGUGGAGCCAGAACAAGAUGCUGUCGUAUUCCGAGAUGUUGGACAUUAUCCGCGCGAAGUACCCGACAUUGAGGCAGGUCAAAGGACACAAAAACGACACGAGCAAGACUUGGGAAAUUCCUGGCUUCGUCGGCAAGAUUGGUUUCAUCACGAGCAUGACGCACAAUUUCUGUGGGACUUGCAACAGGCUGCGGAUCACCAGCGAUGGAAAUCUCAAGGUGUGCUUGUUCGGCAAUGCCGAGGUCUCGCUCAGAGACAUUUUGCGGAAGAGCGGCGAGGAAGGAAUGUCAGCUGAGCAACAAAACGAGCUACUUGAAGUCAUUGGCGCUGCAGUCAAGCGGAAAAAGGAGAAGCACGCCGGAAUGGGCGAGUUGGAAAACAUGAAAAACAGGCCGAUGAUAUUGAUUGGUGGGUGA